AUGAACGAUUCAAAUAUAUUUGUAAAUUUAUCACAUGUAUUAUUAUCAAAGAUAACUAAAUAUUUAAGAGAUAACAUCGAUAAGAUAUUCUUUAGUUUAGUUUGUAAAAGAUGGUUCGAAGAAAGACAUAAAUAUCUAAAGUUUAACAGAGAUCGUUUCUUCAUUAACAGUGAAUCUAGUAUUUUAUUGAAUUCAUAUCGAUCAUUAAUACAGGAUUCUUUUAAAAAAGAAAUACCAAAUGGUUUACAUAUAGGCAACAAUGUUGAUGUAACGUAUGAUAUAAGUACAACAAUAGAUGGUCUAAAAUCUAUUGAUCCAACAAAUAUACGUAAAGUGGUGGCUGCUUAUUAUUGUAGAUUACCAUCUGAAACCGAGGAGAUCUAUUCAUUCAUAGAGAGAUCGAAUGUUACUAAGCUCGUGUGUUGUCAAACAAUGAAAUAUAGAAUACCGAUGAAUCUAACAUCAAUUAUAUUCCCAUAUUGGUUCAAUGAACCAUUGGUCAAAGAUCAUUUACCACCGACAUUGAAGAGUCUUUCAUUAGGUGAACAAUUCAAUCACCCGAUCGAACCAGGUGUUCUUCCAGAUACACUUGAAAAGUUGAAGAUAAACUCGAAGUACAGUCAUAUUAUGCUUCAAGGAGCGUUACCAUCGUCUCUAAAGUACUUUUACAGUUGGAAUCAUAUAUCUAGAAUAUGUGAGUUACCACCAAGCCUUGAAGUUUUGAUUCUUAAUUUGGAUAGACCAUCGCUCAUCGAUGGAGAGUUACCAUUGACGUUGCGCAAGUUGGAAUAUGCACCGAAUACAUCACAACUCUCUAUAAAAUCACUUGUCAAUAUUGAAUCACUAACUUUGGAUGAUGCUAACAUCAACAAUAAUUCGAUAUUUGAUCUAAGUCAGCUUCCACCCAAUCUGAAUCAAUUGACUCUUAUUACUUUGUCGAGGUUGACAUCAGCAAUGCCAACAUCACUCAGACACUUGGAUCUCGGUUAUCAUUCAAACUAUGAUAUCGAUGAGAUCUUCCCAAACCGAUCAAACUAUCAAUUCGAAAGUUUGGCAUGGUGUGGCAAUAGAAAUAAGCGAGAAUCACUUGAAGGAUUGAAGAUCAAGAGUUUGACUGUUUUAUUUGAAGAUGGAUAUGGAGAAGACCUAGAUUUACCAUCGAUCUUGACCAUUCCAAAUGGUAUUGAAUCAUUGGAGAUUUGCGAAACUCACAUGAAAAUCCUCAAUGAACAAUCAAUACCAUCAUCUGUAAAAGUAUUGGAAAUUCAUAAUUUCGAUUGUUUUGAGUGUGACCCAUUCAUUCCAAAAACAGUUGAACAUCUGAAAGUCCCAUAUUUGGAAUCCUACGAUGUAUUAAAUAAUUUCUAUCCUUCAUCUCCAAAUCAAAUUAUAACGAUUCCACAAUUGUCAAGCUCAAAUAUCAGUUCAAGGUUUGAAACUACUCAUUUUGAAUUAUUUGUAAAAUUCUUGGAAAUUCCUAGUUUCGAUUGCUUCGCUUAUGAUCCAUUCAUUCCUAAAACCAUUGAACAUCUGAAAGUUCCAUUUUUAGAUUAUUACGAAACUACAAAGUCCUAA